GCGGUGGUUGUGGAGUCGCGGCCGGAGCUGGUGGGGAAGCGGUUCUUGUGUGUCGGAGGAGAGGAACCGCCGGAGAACGGGCGUUGGAGAGCCGGCGUCAUCCGCACUGUGUCCCACCGGGACUCGCACAGCCCCGAGUUGUCGGUAUAUGUGGAAUUCGAUGACCUUGAGUGGGAAAAACGAGAAUGGGUUAAAGUUUACGAAGAUUUUGCAGCCUUCCUGGUGGAGUACCAGCUGGUCUGGGCAAAGAGAAAGGAUCCUAGCCAGACUCAGGGAUCAAAGAUCAAGCAUAUUCAGUGGCCUGCAUUGACUUUCAAACCUUUGGUUGGAAAAAGUGUGUACAAUUCUAUCACUGCAGUUGAGUUUCUUGUGGACAAACAGCUGGAUUUUGUAACUGAAGAUAGUGCCUUUCAGCUCUAUCAGGACGACGUAGACAGUUUAAACCCAGUUCUCAGGGACAACCCACAGCUUCAGGAAGAAGUAAAAAUCUGGGUAAAGGAACAAAAGGUGCAAGAGAUUUUUAUGCAAGGUCCAUAUUCAUUAAAUGGUUAUAGGGUGAGAGUAUACAGACAGGACUCUGCCACCCAGUGGUUCACUGGUAUAAUUACUCAUCAUGAUCUGUUCACUCGCACUAUGAUUGUUAUGAAUGAUCAGGUUUUAGAACCACAAAAUGUUGAUCCCUCUAUGGUUCAGAUGACCUUUCUAGAUGAUGUCGUUCACUCUUUGUUGAAAGGUGAAAAUAUUGGCAUUACAUCACGGCGGAGGUCUCGUUCCAACCAGAACAGCAACACAGCCCACGGCCAUUAUACUCGGGCUCAAGCAAAUAGUCCCAGACCAGCAAUGAAUUCCCAGAGUGCAGCACCAAAACAAAAUUCACACCAGCAGCAACGGAAUGCUCGCCCAAAUAAAAGAAAAGGCUCUGAUAGCAGUGUGCCUGAUGAAGAGAAGACAAAAGAGGAAAAAUAUGACUACAUAGGUCAAGGAGAAAAUUCCAAAAAUAAGAACAAACUCUUUAUUUCUAAAAGAAGAAAACCUGAAGAUGAUGAAAAGAAAUUGUGUCUAAAGAGACAACGGAUAGAUAAUACUUCAGACUAUUCUGAGAGCAGUGACUCAGAAAAUUCAAACAAAAGAUUGACAGAUUCCUCAUCAGAGCAAAAUUCAGAGAAUGAAUUGAAAAGCAAGAACACUUCAAAGAUAAAUGGGAAAGAAGGAAAAUCCCAGAGCAGUGGAUUAGAGGAAGAAACACUAAUAGAUAGCCAGUCUCCCUGGCAUGAAAUACAGGAAGAUAAAAAACACCAAGAGGUAGAAAGACCAGAAUCAGCUGACUUGGAGCUGCAAGACAUUUCACUCCAUCAAGUAGAACAGCCAACAAUGUAUGAUCGGAGUGCCAGUGAUGUAUGUAUUCAGGAGUGCAGUAUAGAAAAGCAACAUCCCAGGGAACUUUUACCAAAUGAACAGUUCAUGCCCACUUGUCCUACGUCAAAAAGUGGUAUUGUUAUAAACACUGAAAACAGUACAACUAAUGAAAUCCAGGAAAACAUAUCAAAUACUUUUGGUGUGCCUGUCUGUCAGAAAAUGGAACCUCUUGGCAGUGAUACAAAACAUCUUUUUACAAAUGCAAACUUUCUGGAAGUAAGAAAAUUGGGAACUGAUGAGAACUGGAUUAAUAAUGUCAGUAAAAUGGAUUUGAUACAACCAAAAGUUGUGAAAAGUACAUUAGCAAAUGAACAUCUUAAUUCUGAAAAAGUUCAAUAUGGCUCUAUGUCAUCUUUAACUGUCAUUUCUAUAGCAGAAGAGGGCAGAGUACGUAAACAAAGUCCAAUCUCUGAUGCAGUCAAGUCAAAACCUGUUCCAGUGGUUGAAAACACAAAAAUCAAGUCAAAUUCCUCUCCUGAAGUUAAAUAUAAACACGCCCAGAGUCCUGAUACUGUGAAGUCUAAGGUUAAUUACCUGAACAGCCAUGUUACUGGAGUAACAAGGUCAGCAAUUAAAACUGAGCAUGAUUUGCCUAGGUCUAGCUUCCAUCCAGUUCCAGCUAGAGUUAGUUCAUUAGAAACUACUAAAAGUCCUCUUAUAAUUGACAAGAAUGAACAUUUCACAGUUUACAGAGAUCCCGCUCUUAUUGGACAAGAAACGGGAACUAACCAUAUAUCAUAUUUACAUCAGCAUAACUAUCCUCCUCAUUCCACUUCCCAUAGAACUUGUUUAAAUCCAAACACUCAUCAUUCUGCAUUAACUGGUGCAUCCCAUCUAUUAGCUGGAUCCUCCAACCAAACUCCUUUGUCUGCUAUUAAUACUCAUCCUCUUAGUAGUGCAUCUCACCAUUCUGUUCAUCACCCACAUCUACUUCCUGCAGUGUUACCUGGAGUGCCUACAGCCUCUUUGUUGGGAGGCCACCCACGACUAGAGACUGCUCACGCUAGCAGCUUAAGCCAUUUGGCAUUAGCACACCAGCAACAGCAACAGAUGCUACAGCACCAGUCACCACAUCUUCUUGGGCAAACUCACCCUUCUGCUUCGUAUAAUCACCUAGGACUUUAUCCAAUUAUUUGGCAGUAUCCAAAUGGAACACACGCUUACUCAGGACUUGGAAUACCUUCAUCUAAAUGGGUCCAUUCUGAAGCUUCUGUUAAUACUGAGACUCCCCUGAGAAGAAAUACUCCUAGUCCUUGGUUACACCAACCCACCCCUGUGACCUCAGCUGACGGGCUUGGGUUAUUGAGUCACAUACCUGUAAGACCAUCCAGUGCAGAGCCACAUCGGCAACUGAAAUUGACGACACAUUCUAGUCCUCCAUUGUCAAAAAGUAUAGUGGAUCAUCAUAAAGAAGAAUUGGAAAGAAAAGGAAUUUUUGAACCUUUACGUUCAGUUGCAACUACUCCAGCAAAGUCUGAUCUAGAACUUAACAGAUUACAGACUGCAAAAGAGGGCCAUUUGCAAAGACAUUUUGUAGACCCUCUGCAACGGUCACUUCAAGAGACAGGAGAGAGACUAAGCAAGUAUAAAGAAGAACACAGGCGAAUACUUCAAGAAAGUAUUGAGGUUGCUCCUUUUACAGCUAAAAUCAAGGCACUUGAGGGUGAAAGGGAGACUUAUUCUAGAAUGCCUUUAUCAUCUUCUAGCCCCAAAAGCCAUGGAGUAAAACAUGACAAAGAUUCAGAACUCUAUAAAAUGAAGCAUUCAGUACCACAGAGCUUGCCACAAAGUAACUACUUUACCACCUUGUCUAACAGUGUAGUGAAUGAACCACCACGAACAUACUCAUCCAAAGAAGUUUCAGGUAUGUGUGCUGAUAAACAAAGUAGUAGUUGUCCUUCAACAGCUGCUGCUCAGUCACUCACUUCUUUCACGUCAUCUCUUUCAAAACCACCACCUUUGAUUAAGCACCAGCCAGAAGCUGAAAGCUCUGUAGGCAAGAUAACAGAUCAACUUUCACAGCAAGUGACUUCUCAUUCAGUAAAUUCUUUUAGAAAUGACUCCAGAAGUCCUACUCAGUUGUCAGUUUCAUCCUCAAGUGCACUCCGAACGAUGCCUGCUUUACACAGAGCACCAGUGUUUCACCCUCCAGUCCAUCACAGCUUGGAGAGAAAAGAAGGAAGUUACAAUAGUCUUUCCCCUCCAACUCUAACUCCAGUACAGCCAGUUAAUGCAGGUAGCAAAAUCCAUGAAUUACAAAAGCCACCAACUUUAGUACCUGAGCCGAAGGAAGCACAAAAUAUUUACAAGAGCGCUUUGGAGCAAAAGUUUUCAGAUAUGUGGAAAAGUAAUAAUAUUCCAAAUAAUGAUAAAAUGGAAUGGCAUGUUGAAAGAACUAGUGGGAAAUCACCUUCUGCCACAGCUUCUGUCAUUGUACGUCCACCUUCAAGUACAAAGUAUGAUACUGUGUCUGUAGUGCAGUCAGCUCCCAAAGAACGGGUUAUAGAAAGAUCAUUGACAGGAGCAAACCAAACAGAUUGCCUGAAACCAGCGGAAGCCAAAGAGACUGCUAGAAUAGUUCUGUCGAAUGUGAAUUCAGACACAAUUCAUACCCAAUAUGAAAAGAACUUUCCAGCUGCUUCCCAGGGCAGUGUUCCCAGUUCUGUCACGCCUACUAUAACUAUGCUGUGCAGUACCAAAACGGAUGUAACCACAUCUGUGGCUACUACUGGCGUUCCAAGCAUGGGCAGUUCAGAAGUGACUUACUGUUUGUCAAAUGUAGCAUUAGCGUGCACAUCAGUAGAGAAUACUGCCUCUAGAGCCAUAAACCAGGAAGUGGCACACAUACAAGAAUGUGGUGUCAGCACCUCAGCUCCAGUUACGCUAGCCUGCGGCAAAACGGAAAGUAUUCUUCAAGCCAGCUCUGGAUUCUCUGGACCAUCUGAUUUUGUUCACUUGAAAAAGCAUAAGGCAGCGUUGGCUGCGGCUCAGUUUAAAAGUAGCAGUGCCAGUGAUACAGAGUGUAAUGCUGUGAAAAAUCCAAUAUAUCCAGUCUCUGUUUCCCUAGACAGUAGUGUCAUCUCUAGUACAAUAAACAAAGCAAAUACUGUAGGCAAUGGGCAAGUUUCCCAGACAAGUCAAGCAAACUACCACACGAAACUGAAAAAAGCUUGGCUCACGAGGCAUUCGGAAGAAGAUAAAAACACUAAUAAAAAAGAGAAUCCAGGAAACAGUGUAUCAGAAAUUAUUAAGCCAUGUACUGUUAACCUAAUUGCUUCUACAUCAAAUGAUUUGCAGAAUAAUGUAGAUAGUAAAAUAUUGGGGGAAAAGCUUAUGAAAGAAGAGAAACACACAAGAAGAAAAACCAAAAGGACUUACGAAACUGGCUCUGAAAGUGGAGAUUCUGAUGAAAGUGAGAGCAAGUCUGAGCAAAGGACGAAGCGGCAGCCUAAGCCAACUUACAAAAAGAAACAGAAUGAUUUGCAAAAGAAAAAGGGAGACACAGAGGAAGAAAUAAAACCAAAUGGUGUUCUUAGCAGGAGUGCCAAAGAAAAAAGCAAACUGAAGUUACAGAGUGGCAGUAAUAAUACUGGCAUUCCUCGUUCAGUAUUAAAGGACUGGCGUAAAGUAAAGAAGUUGAAGCAAACUGGAGAAUCCUUUUUGCAGGAUGACUCUUGCUAUGAAAUAGGGCCAAAUUUGCAAAAAUGCAGAGAAUGUCGGCUGGUUAGAAGUAAGAAAGGCGAAGAAUCAGCUCACUCCCCAGUGUUCUGUAGAUUCUAUUACUUUCGCAGGCUUUCUUUUAGUAAGAAUGGAGUGGUUAGAAUUGAUGGCUUUUCUUCUCCUGAUCAGUAUGAUGAUGAAGCAAUGAGUUUAUGGACACAUGAAAAUGAUGAUGAUGAUGAAAUGGACUUAGAAACUUGUAAAUACAUCUUAGACCACAUAGGUGACAAAUUUUGUCAAUUAGUGACAUCUGAGAAAACAGCCAUGUCCUGGGUCAAGAAGGAUGCCAAAAUUGCUUGGAAGAGAGCAGUCAGAGGAGUCCGUGAAAUGUGUGAUGCAUGUGAAGCCACCCUAUUUAACAUUCACUGGGUCUGCCAAAAAUGUGGAUUUGUGGUCUGCUUAGAUUGCUACAAGGCUAAGGAAAGGAAGAGUUCUAGAGAUAAAGAACUGUAUGCUUGGAUGAAAUGUGUGAAAGGACAGCCUCAUGAUCACAAACAUUUAAUGCCAACGCAAAUUAUUCCUGGAUCUGGUUUAAUAGAACUUCUUGAAACAAUGCAUACUCUUAGAGAGAAACAUGAAAUUAAAUCCCAUUGCCAAUGUGCCAGCAAACAGAAUUUACAAGUUGGCAAGUUCCCUUCAAUGAACGGGGUGUCUCAGAUUUUACAGAAUGUCCUUAAUCACAGUAAUAAAAUUUCACUGUGCAUACCCGAGUCACAGCAGCAGAAGGCAUCUCAAAAAUCAGAGACAAAUGGCAAUACAAGUCCAGGGAAUGAUGUAAGCACAGACAGCAAGUUAACUCCACCUGAAUCCCAGUCACCGCUGCAUUGGUUGGCAGAUCUAGCAGAACAAAAGGCUAGAGAAGAAAAAAAAGAAAACAAAGAUUGUCCUCUUGGGAAGCAUACAAAAGAAGAGCAGGACCAAGACAGUUCAGAAUCUCUUAACUACAAGAUGUCAACUCCUUUGUCUCAAAAUAAUGAGCAGGGCUCAACAUUACGAGACUUACUGACUACUACUGCAGGCAAAUUACGUCUUGGUUCUACGGAUGCUGGCAUUGCUUUUGCUCCAGUUUAUUCUACAGGAACUGCAAAUAGCAAAGGUGGAAGGACUAUGCCAAACAUUCUUGAUGACAUAAUUGCUUCAGUUGUAGAGAACAAGAUUCCACCAAAUAGAACACCAAAGAUAAAUGUAAAAUCUGAAGUGAAGGAUGAGCCAAAGGAAGACAGAAAAUUUAUUACAGAUGAUUGUAGCACAUUUUUCAGUGAUGUUCCACAUUCAUGGAUCUGUGAUAAACAUGUUUUGUGGCUCAGUGAUCAUAAAAACUGUAACAACUGGAAACUUUUCAAAGAUUGUUGGAAACAAGGAAAGACUGUAUUAGUGUCUGGAAUGCACAAGAAACUGAAUGCCAGCUUAUGGAAGGCAGAUUUUAUUAGUUCGGAUUUUGGUGACCUCAAAGCUGAUCUAUUGAAUUGCAAAGACAGCGUUACUUCAAGUGGCAGUGUCAAGGAAUUCUGGGAAGGUUUUGAAGAAGUGUCAAAGCGGCAAAAACUUAAAAAUGGAGAAACAGUUGUACUAAAGUUAAAAGAUUUGCCUUCAGGUGAAGAUUUCAAGUCAAUGAUGCCUUCAAGAUAUGAAGACUUACUAAAAGGUUUACCUCUACCUGAAUAUUGUAACCCGGAAGGAAAACUUAAUUUGGCUUCAUAUUUGCCAGGGUUUUUUGUGCGCCCAGAUCUAGGGCCCAGACUAUGCAGUGCAUAUGGUGUGGUUGCUGCUAAAGACCAUGAUAUAGGGACGACAAAUCUUCAUAUCGAAGUAUCAGAUGUUGUGAACAUUCUUGUCAGUGUUGGUAUAGCAAAAGGGAAUGGAGUCCCUUCAAAAUCAGGGGUACUAAAGAAAUUUGAAGAAGAAGAUUUGGAUGAUCUUCUAAGAAAAAGACUGAAGGAUUCAAGUGAAUUGCCUGGUGCUUUGUGGCAUAUUUAUGCCAGCAAGGAUGCUGACAAGAUAAAGGAGUUUCUACAGAAGGUGUCAAAAGAACAAGGUUUAGAUGUUUUACCAGAGCAUGAUCCAAUACGUGACCAGAGUUGGUAUGUAACCAAAAAGCUCCGUCAAAGACUGUUUGAAGAAUGUGGAGUAAAAACCUGUACUCUCAUCCAGUUCCUUGGUGAUGCUAUUAUUUUACCAGCAGGAGCACUUCACCAGGUACAAAAUUUUCAUAGCUGUAUUCAAGUAACUGAAGACUUCGUGUCUCCAGAACACAUUGUGCAAUCAUUUCACUUAACGCAAGAAUUGAGGCUCUCAAAGGAAGAAAUAAAUUAUGAUGAUAAGCUGCAGAUUAAAAAUAUCUUGUAUCACGCAGUUAAGGAAAUGGUGAGAGCUUUGAAGAUUCAUGAAAAUGAAAUUGAAGAUAUGGAAGAAAAUUAAGUGUGCACUCUCUCUUUUUUGGGUCAGAAAAACAUUUUAUCGUAUUUUUCUUUACGAUAAAGAGUCUACUCAUUAAUAUAAGCUGCACGAACCAUCAGUGCCAAGAAAAUAUGUUUGUUGUAUUUACUUGCUACUGACACUGCAACAAAAUAACUUCUCAUCACAGGUUUUGUGAUUUAAACUUGUGAGUUUUUUAGAAAUGGAAAACUCUAAACAGCACGCUGCUGUUAUGUAUUAUAGUGUAAAUGAAAAUUUCAAAAUGUCAGAUUUAAGAUGUAUUUAUUUUUGGAAAAAACAGAAUUCUAUGCUCUAUUGUUGAUCAAUUGUAAAUGUGAUUUGUACAGUUUGGUUAAAAUAACUUGGAUAUUUUUCACUACAUUGAGACAGUUACUGUGAGAGUAGGACACACACACCAGCUAUUGCCUGCAUUUGGGAUAUUGCUGAAUCCGCACAGCAGUCAUGUCAUGAUCUGAAAAUUACUGCCAAAUAACUGUAAACUUUGUACAAUAUAAAGUAUAUAAAAUAGAUAUUACAGACACUUCAGUAUUUUAUUGAAGCUAUUCAGUGUACAAUUAAACAUUUUCCAAAAGGGUGUAAUUUAUUUAAAAUUUGUCUCAUUUUGGUAAAAUUUAUGUGAACUUUUAAAGCUAAAUAUUAAACUUAAUAUGCUAUGUAAAUAUAUACAUAUAUACAUUCAAUGAUGUAUUUUUUUAAAAACAUGGCUUGCUUUAAUUUGUUAAAAGUGCAAGUGUUAAACAUGCUUUGUACAUUGAAAGUUGAAAGGGGUUUUACAUUUUCCAUUAAAAGGACUUUAUCAAAUGUUGUCUCAUUGUGUGUGUUUUUCAUGUUUUGUGGCACAUUUGUUAAAAAUGCACAUGUCUGAGUCAUUCAUUCAUUCACAGUGGUUGCAGAUGUGUCUCUGUAAUGUUGACUAUUGUAAAAGACUAGAUUGUUGUGUGUUUAAGUAGCGUGGAUCUUUCUGCCCUCUCCAGAUUUCAUAUGAAACUGCUCAUAUGUGCUAGAGCACAGUUCAACUGGCUGAGCCAAAGAAAGUUUAUCUAAUGAAGAAUAAAAAUAAUUAAAUCA